AUGGCCCUGAUUAUGGAGGGCAUGGACGCUGCUAUUGGCAAUGGUAACAAUUUGGGAAGUAUUAUCGGACUGCUUCUGAACGGCUGGCUUUACAUUCCCUAG